CUCAGGGCCCGCACCACCGACGCCAUGUUUGCUGUACGGCCGCUUCCGGUGUCAAUAACUGCCCCCUCCCCCGCUAAGGCCGAUCUACUUCCGGGUCUUGCGUCGAAAGAGGGGCAGGGCAAGUUGCAGGGAAUUAAUUUGCUAGCAUGUAUCAAUGGCUCUAAAGAAGUCAUCACUGUCAAUGGAUUCCAGUGAGAGUGACUCUGAGGAGUUGCCAACAUUUACUUUUCUAAAGAAGAAACCAUCUUCAACAAAAAGGCUGCAGCCUCAGAGGGAGGAAAUUGUAGUGGUUGACACCUCAGAUUCUGAGACUUCCUGUCCUCCAUCACCAAGGUUGAAAGGUCAACCACCUAUCCUUCAUGCAGCUGAAACCGUCAAACAAACAGAGCCAGUCAGGGUGCUAAGCAGUGGAAGUGAGGUUGAGGAGGAAAUUAUUCCCCUGGCUGAGAGGCUUACAUGUAAGUUUUUGUCCCACAAGCAGCUGAGCCCUGAGGACUCUACCUCCCCAAUUAAAAGUGUUUUGGAUCAUGAAAGUAAUGGAGCAUCAUGUGACUGGAAAAAACAGCCCUUUCCAAAGAUCCCUGAUGUUCCCUUCCAUGACACCUCUGAAAGGUGUGCAUCAAAUAACAAGGACCCUGUGGUAGACAGUCCAUGCCCCCAGCUUCCAGCCCACCACACCACCUGUCCCGUCCAGAGCAACAGCUUUACAGUAACCAGAACAAACGUUGUGGUCUCCCCGCCUCAGAAGAGAACCAGGCGCAGUCAGAAGGUUCAGAGGAAAGGCUCCCAGGGAUGCCAGCCACGGGGACAAGCAAGCCAGAGGGAAAGCACCCUGAGACAACAGGAAAGGAAGAAGAAGGCCGCACUGGUUACCAGGCUGAAAGCUCUCAGGCCAGAGGAAUGCUUGAGGCACAUUGUGGUGGUGCUGGAUCCAGGGCUUUUACAGAUGGCAGGUGGGGGCCAGCUUCUUGGGGCGCUGCAGUCCAUGGGGUGCUGCUGUGGGAUUGAGGCUCAGGCUGUGCCUGGCAGCAUCACCUGGAGGAGAAGGCCUGGGCCCACUGAGGAUGGAGAGGAGGGCUGGGUGGAGGAGCCCAUGGUCCUGGUGGUGCUUCUGGCAGAGGCGUUUGUGUCCAUGACCUACAACUUCAAGCAGGGAAGUCUCGGCAGCAUGGAGAAAGGGAAGGAAACACUUCAGAGCUUUGUAACUGACAUCACAGCAAAGACAGAAGGUAAAGCUCUGUCCCUGGUGAUUGUGGAUCAAGAGAAACGCUUCAGUGAUCUGAAUCCUCCAAAGAGAAGAAAACAGGGAGUGGCAAAGAAAGAACAGGUCAAGGAGAAGAAAAAAUGGAAACUGUCAGAGGCCAACACUGGGCCCAUGGUGUCCAGGGUAGACAUGGAAGAGGCACUGGUGGAUCUGCAGCUACACACACAAGCCCAGGCUCGAAUCGUGCAGAGCUGGGAAGAACUGGCUGACUUCGCCUGCACAUUCACAAAGGCUGUGGCUGAGGCACCCUUCAAGAAGCUCCGAGAUCAAACUAGUUUCUCCUUCUGCCUGGAGAGUGACUGGGCCGGAGGGGCAAAGGUGGACCGUGCUGGCAGGGGACUCGCACUGGUCUGGAGGAGACAGAUUCAGCAGCUGAACCGGGUCAGUCUGGAAAUGGCCAGUGCUGUAGUGGAUGCCUACCCCUCCCCACAGCUGUUGGUCCAGGCUUAUAGGCGGUGUUUUUCGGAACAAGAACGCCAGAAUUUGCUUGCAGACAUAAAGGUACGCCGUGGGGAAGGUGUGACAUCUACCUCCCGCCGUGUGGGACCAGAGCUGUCCAGGCGUAUCUACCUUCAGAUGACCACUCUGCAGCCAGAUCUCUCUCUGGACAGUACAGACUGACACUAGCCCUCAGGCACAAGGACAGAUGAAAAGCUCCACCUUGGAAGAGACUGAAGUGCCUCCUGGAGCACAAGCUUGGUCAGGCCCACAGCAGACUCUUUCCUGGUGUCAUUCUUUGCAAAUCUCCCUACUUUCCACUUGGGACGAAGCCUAAGACUUAUAGUUCCUCUCUUAUCCUAGCCAGCAGCAGCUGUGCACAAACCACCCCUGUCCCACCCAGCCCUCAAAAUACAAAAGAACAUAGACCACUCAGACAUGUAUUUAAUAAUUAUAGAAAUCCAAAAGAACCUCAGCAUCAAAUCUCGAGAUCAUGAGUGAACCUCCCUCAGCGAGCUGGCUUGACUAGGCUGGGUAGGCCCCAGCCUCCCUCACCCCUGCCGCUGCCUCAGCCAGCCUCAGAACGGGGGCUGGACCCCUAUGCCGACCUCCAUAUUCUCUUAAUCUCCUUUUGUGUACUGUGUGUUUAGUUUCAAUAAAGCAUUUGUACCAGUG